CCAACACCGAACCAUCAGCACCGCUGAGUCGGGGGGGAGUGACGAUUCUGCUGCUGUCUUCAAUGCGGUGGAGGAAGACAACUAUUGUCUAAUGCGGGGAUUCCGGGGGUUCGACUGGGUUCAUAACUGCAUGUCUUUCCAGAAGACGAAGUCUGCAGCGUUUCACCUACAUGCUCUAUUUAAAUAUUCAAAACCUCGGGAAUUCUGCCGUGAACUCCGGGAUAAUUCUAACAAACCACGUUGUCUGUGUAUCGGGUGUUCGGAGUACAGAAUAAUGGCCAGAGCAGUGGGACACUAAGGAAGAUGGGGCCUGCACCUGUUUCUGCUUGGCUCUGUGCCUAGCUAACUCCUGGAGACCAGACUGGACUGGACUGCUGCUGGAAGGAGGCGAGGGUAUUUGGUUGAUAAGGAAGGGGAAGAGGAACAGAAAGCCUUGAAUUAGUUUUGUUGUUUGUCCUGUUUAUGACCCAUCGCCCAAACCAGCUUCACUUCAACAUUCUGCAGCAAUCCCCUCCUCACUUGCUUUUGUAAAUGUGCUAGUUCCUAGACUCCUAAACAUAGGCAACAGUAUGUUCUACGUCCUAGAUUCCUAAACAUAUGGAUUCUACCAUGUUUCCAGAACAUUUUCUGUAGCCUGUUCUCUGGAGAAUAACUGACACAAUUUCACAUUUUGGGAAUUUAUUCCCUGUUUUUAUUCAACUCAAUGGAGAGGCUAAGAAGAUAAUCAGAACAGAGAGGCAAAGCUAAAGAGACAUUGGAAUCAUAUUAUUUCUGUAAACUUUAAGGAAAACACAACAACCGUGUAGACUGGAGAUCAUUUCUGCCUCUCUCAGCGGUGGUGGAUUAAAAGCAACAAGACCUAGUUGGAGGGAUUAGGGCCAGAAGUGGAAGAUGAUAAGUAGCAAGGCGCUAUGUGAAGGCCGGGCCGUGUGGCCUCUGGUAUUGACUGGGCUGUUGUUGACAGUCAUGGCCACAGCCUUGGAGUACGAGGGAGUCCCUGGCCAGUGGGCGCGGUACGGCCGCUGGGAGGCCAAGGUCACAGGCGAGCUGAGCUUCACUCUGAAGACCAACAUCAGCAAGGCCCUGGUGCUCUAUUUGGAUGAUGGAGGGAACUGUGACUUCCUGGAGCUGCUGAUCACAGACGGCCGGCUGCAUCUGCGCUUCACCAUCCACUGUGCAGAGCCUGCCUCCCUGCACACGGAGACCCACGUCAACGACCAGCGCUGGCACCGCGUGCUUCUCACCCGCAACUAUAGAGCGACCACCCUGGUGGUGGACAACGAGGAGAAGGUGGCCGAGGUCAAGUCCAAGAGGAGUGAGAUGGUGGUGGCCAGUGACCUUUACGUAGGCGGCAUCUCGCCAGACGUGCGCCUAUCUGCCCUCACGUCCAGCACCGUCAAAUACGAGCCACCCUUCCAGGGCCUGAUCACCAACCUGAAGCUGGGGGAGACCCUCCCAGUGCUCCUGGAUGGCCAGAGUGUUCAGAAUGAUUUGGAAUACCUGUGUAUUAAACAGAACCCCUGCAGCAACAGAGGCCUCUGCUCCAUCCACCAGGGAGAGGUCCUCUGUGACUGCACCAACACUGGCUACAAGGGAAACUACUGCCACGAAGCUAUCCGGAAAGCAGAGGAAGGUCUGGCGCACAUGAAGUCAAACCGCCAAGCCGAAUCAUUGCAAUCUGCACAAGAGGAGUCGGUGGCCACCUACAAAGGCAACGAGUUUUUCAGCUAUGACCUGUCUCGGACGCCCAUCCAGAGCAGCCUGGACGAGAUUAGUCUGUCCUUCCGCACGCUGCAGAGGAACGGACUCCUGCUCCACACCGGGAAGUCAGCUGACUACGUUAACCUAUCCCUGAGGAGUGGCGCUGUGUGGCUGGUCAUCAACCUCGGGUCCGGGGCCUUUGAGGCCCUGGUGGAGCCUGCCAACGGCAAGUUCAACGACAACGCCUGGCACGAAGUCCGUGUCACACGCAACCUGCGCCAGGUGACCGUCUCUGUGGAUGGGAUCCUGACCACCACCGGCUACACCCAGGAGGACUACACCAUGCUGGGCUCAGAUGACUUCUUCUACGUUGGCGGGAGUGCCAACACGGCUGACCUCCCUGGCUCCCCGGUCAGCAAUAACUUCAUGGGCUGUCUCAAAGACGUGGUCUACAAGAACAACGAGUUCAGGCUGGAGCUGUCUCGCCUGGCUGCAGAGCGGGACCCUCAGGUGAGUGUUCACGGCGAACUGACCUUCCGCUGUGAGGACGUGGCGGCCCUGGAGCCGGUCACCUUCGACACGCCCGCCGCCUACCUCACCCUGCCCAAGUGGAAAACCAAGAAGACUGGCUCCAUCUCUUUUGACUUCCGCACUACGGAGCCCAGCGGCCUGCUGCUGUUCAGCCACGGUGACAGGCGUCUGCAGGGCCCAGACAGACAGCCGGAGAGGCAGCCCAGGGCCGACUACUUUGCUAUGGAGCUCCUGGACGGCUUCCUCUACCUGCUGAUGGACAUGGGUUCUGGCAGCAUCAAGAUGAAAGCCAGCAACAAGAGGGUCAACGAUGGAGAGUGGUGCCACGUGGACUUCCAGAGGGAGGGGCGCAUGGGCCUGAUCUCAGUGAACAGCCACAGCAUACCAUUCUCUGCUAACGAAGGCAGUGAGAUCUUAGACCUGGAGGGUGACAUGUACCUCGGGGGUCUGCCCGAGGCACGCCAGGGCCUCAUCCUCCCCCCAGAAGUCUGGACGGCCCCCCUCAACCUGGGCUACGUGGGCUGCAUGCGUGACCUGUUCAUGGAUGGGCGGAGCCGGGACCUGAGGAGACUGGCAGAGAUCCAGAGUGCCUCUGGAGUCAGCAGCUUCUGCACCAGGGAAACGCACAUCAGGUGUGGCAGAGACGUCUGUGCCAACGGUGGGCAGUGCCGCGAGGGCUGGAACCGUCAUGUGUGUGACUGCACCAGCACGGGCUACCUGGGCCCCAACUGUGAGAGCGAGGCCACGGUGCUGAGCUACGACGGUAGCAUGUACCUGAAGGUGACGCUGCCAGUCAGCAUGCACACGGAGGCCGAGGACGUGGCGCUGCGCUUUAUGUCCCAGAGGGCAUUUGGGCUGCUUGUGGCCACUACCUCCCAGGACUCAGCUGACACCCUGCGUCUGGAGCUGGACGGGGGCCGGGUCAAACUCACCGUCAACCUGGAUUGUAUCAGGAUAGACUGUAACCUCAGUAAAGGCCCAGAGAUGCUGUUAGCAGGACAGAAGCUGAACGACAAUGAGUGGCACUCAGUGAAGGUGGUGCGUCGCGGGAAGAACCUGCACCUCUCUGUGGACAACGUGACUGUGGAAGGCCAAAUGACCGGUGCCCACACUCGCCUGGAGUUCCACAACAUUGAGACGGGCAUCAUGACCGAGCGCCGUUUUAUCUCCGUGGUGCCAUCUAACUUCAUAGGGCACCUGCAGGCCCUCUCGUUCAAUGGCGUCCCCUACCUGGACCAGUGUAAGAACGGAGACAUCUCCUACUGCGAGCUCAACGCCCGCUUCGGCAUGCGCCGCAUCGUGGCUGACCCUGUGACGUUCCACAGUCGGGCCAGCUGCCUGGCCUUCUCCACCCUGCAGGCCUACGCCUCCAUGCACCUCUUCUUCCAGUUCAAGACCACCAGCCUCGACGGCCUGCUGCUCUUCAACUCCGGAGACGGCAGUGACUUCAUCGUUGUGGAGCUGGUCAAAGGGUACAUUCAUUACGUGUUUGACCUGGGCAACGGGCCGUCGCUCAUGAAGGGCAACUCUGAGAAGCCACUCAACGACAACCAGUGGCACGACGUGGUGGUCUCCCGGGACAACAACAAUGUGCACAUCCUCAAAAUCGACUCCCGCACCGUCACCCAGCACUCCAACGGAGCCCGCAAUCUGGAUCUCAAAGGGGAGCUGUAUGUUGGUGGUGUGGGGAAGAGCAUGUACAGCAGCCUGCCCAAGCUGGUUGCGUCCCGGGACGGGUACCAGGGCUGCCUGGCCUCUGUGGACCUGAAUGGGAGACUCCCUGACAUGAUGGCAGAUGCCCUCCACAGGGUGGGCCAGGUGGAGCGCGGCUGUGGAGGCCUGAGCACAACCUGUACAGAGGACUCCUGCCAUAACCAGGGGGUGUGUCUCCAGCAGUGGGAGGGCUUCUCCUGUGACUGCACCAUGACCACUUACAGAGGAGCAUUCUGCAGUGACCCUGGGACCACAUAUAUCUUUGGGAGAGGAGGGGCCCUCAUCACGUACACCUGGGCCCCCAACGAGCGGCCGAGCACCAGAGCAGACCGGCUAGCUGUGGGCUUCAGUACUCAGCAGAAAGACGCCAUCUUGGUCCGAGUGGAGAGCACCAGCGGACUGGGAGACUACCUGCAGCUACACAUAGAACAAGGAAAGAUUGGUGUGAUCUUCAACGUGGGGACAGACGACAUCACCAUUGACGAGCCGGCUGUCAUAGUUAGCGAUGGCAAGUACCAUGUUGUGCGCUUCACACGCAGUGGUGGCAACGCCACCCUCCAGGUGGACAACCAGCCGGUCGAGCGCUACCCACCAGGGAACUUUGAUAAUGAGCGCCUGGCUAUUGCUAGACAAAGAAUCCCAUACCGACUUGGUCGGGUAGUUGACGAGUGGCUACUCGACAAAGGACGACAGCUGACCAUCUUCAACAGCCAGGCAGCGAUAAAGAUCGGGGGUCAGGAUAAGGGCCGGCCGUUCCAGGGCCAGAUCUCUGGCCUCUACUAUAAUGGCCUGCAGGUGCUGACGCUGGCGGCAGAGAGUGACCCCAGUGUCCAGGCUGAGGGGAACCUGAGGCUGGUGGGAGACUCACUGUCAGUGCUGACCACUGAGACCACCUCCACCACCCCACUGGCAGCCUCCGACAUGUCCACCACCAUCAUGGAGACCACCACCACCAUGGCCACCACCACCACCCGCAGGCAACGCUCACCCAGCAUGAGAGAGAGCAUCUCCCAGUCUCAGAACUCGGAUGACAUCUUGGUGGCUUCUGCUGAGUGUCCCAGUGAUGACGAGGACCUGGAGGAGUGUGAGCCUGGAACAGGAGGUGAAUUAGUGUUGCCUAUAAUAACAGUGGAUUCCCUUGAGCCCCCAUCCAUCGCCACCCGUUACCCUGCUAUCCCCCCUCCUCCCACCUCCCUGUCCCCACUUGAGACCACCAAAGAGUCCCUGAUGCUCUCCAACCCUCACCCUCCCUGCCCCCCGGAUCAGGAGGACUGCGGUGACCCUGUGGAGGUCUCAGCCUUCGGUUCUGGGGAGAUGACGGAAUCAGAUGAUGAGGACUUUUACAAAAACUCCCCUCUGGUCACUGACAGGACAGUCCUGCAUCCUCCUCCUCCCCCCGCCGUUGGUGAGGGUGGGGCACAGAAACCCCACAAUCCCCGCCCCCCUCCUUAUGCUCCCACCACCAACCCUGACCAGCUCCACAUCCCCGCGGGCAAAAUGAACACCCGUGACCAGGUGCUUCUGCCCCCUGCCCCUCCGUCAUCCCGGUAUACACCUGGACUAACUUACCCUCCCAAUUUCCCCCAUGUGCCCACAGCCGACCCUACAGCCCCUGGUGAGAAGGUCAUGCACCCCGGCCUGGUGGAUAGGAUCGGGGAGUCCAGUAGCACCACAGGGAUGGUGGUUGGCAUUGUGGCAGCUGCUGCCCUCUGCAUUCUCAUCCUCCUCUACGCCAUGUACAAGUACCGCAACCGUGACGAGAGCUCCUACCAGACGGACCAGGGACACAACUUCAUCAGCAACCCAGUUUCCGAGGGCAACGGGGCCAUGGUCAAGCUCGAGAAGACACCAAGCACAACCACGGCUGCAGUAGCUAAGACAGUAACCAAGGGCAAGAAGAACAAAGACAAAGAGUAUUAUGUCUAAGAGAGGGAUGGAUAGAGAAGGAGAGAGCGAGAGAGAUAGGCUAGAGCAGGGUUUCCCAACUCCAGUCCUCGAAUACCCCGGAGAAGCACACCUGAUUCAACUUGUCAACUAAUCAUCAAGCCCUCAAUCAGUUGAAUCAGGUGAGUUUGUCCGGGGCAACAACAAAGAUGUGUGCUGUUGGGGGUACUCGGGGACUGUUGGGAUACACUGGGAUAGAGGAAAAUCAUGGAAAGGGGGUUCUCCCAAAGAAUUUCACUUUCACAUUAUCCUCUUGAUAAAUAUCCAAAGUGUAGGGUGUAAUUGUUACAUUUGUGGCAAAAAAAAAUUUAAUAAAAAAUCGAAUCUGCGAUCAGUAUUUCCCCAAUUCCUGUUAAAUUAUGCUUUGAGAAUUUGUAUCACAUACCAAAUAUUGUAUUGGAUAACAUACCAUUUCAUACAGGAUAAGAAGCAUAUUCAUUUUGCUGUGUUUGUAUAUAGCACCACUAUCUAUCAACUGUAUGGUUAUGGUUCCCAGUGAAAACUCAGUUUAAACCAUUGUACUAUAGAACCAGGUUUGCAUGAAUGUCAGUUCAUCAUGCUCUAUCUCAAGUCCCUAUGUCUUUGUAAUGAAGUCAGCGGUAUCAGUGUGUACUGAAAGGUCAUUAUGGUAGAUAAGGACAGAGCAAACCAGUAGAGUUUACUAGAUUAAACUAAAGCCAUACCCAUAGUUGGAGAUUGGGUGACCCACCUUCUCUGCAGACUAGCCUACCCUAUUUUGUGUUAUCCCACGUAAAACGACUUUCCACUCUGUCUAUCUCUCUGGUUGUCCACGGUGCUAUGUUAAUGGUCCAAUAUCAUUGAACCAUGUUUCCUUUUGGGAAACUACAGGUUUUCAAAGGGAAUACACCAAUUCGCAGAAUUUAGCCAACAAACCCACUAUCUGGAUGGAUGAGAUGAGCUGGAUUCUCUCAUCUCUGUGUGAGAAGAGAUCACCAAAUCUACAGUGUGUCAUUCAUUCCAUCCAGGAACAAGUUCCUCAAGCUUAACACAUCUCACAAAGCAAAACGCUACUGUAGCAAAGACAUUGCUCUGUAAACAUAUUUGUAUGUAUAGAUGUCUUGGGUUUGAAAAAGCAUUGCUUCUGUGUUUGUCGGAGUACACGGGGGGGGGGGG